AUGGGAUACUAUGGUAUGGGAGGUGGUGGUGGAAUGGGCACGAUGCCGCUUCAGCGUCCACCAAUUCCGUCAGGGUACGAGAGCGACGUUGUCCCAUCGCAACAUCAGGUGCAACCUCAUCAAAUGCAACAACCAAUGUCGCACUAUUACUCGCCCAAUCAACCUCCACCCAAUUCUGUAAAUUAUCAACAGAUCCAAGCCGGCAAUGGACAUCCUGGCUACAGUGGACCGCCUAUGCAACAAGAACAUCAACAGCAACAACCCCCACCACAGAUGAAUCAACCACCUCAAGCGAUGAUAACUGUUCAGCAACGUGGCGGUGGCCAGUUUAUUAUGCCGGUACCACAUCCGCAGAUGGUGACUCCUCAAUACCUUGGACAGCAAGUCGUUCCUGCCGGUAUGCAUUAUCCGCCAGCGGGAAUGUAUAUGCAGCCCACAGUGAGGCCGGCGGUAUUCCUUCCAAGAGCAGAGGUCGGCUACGCUCCUGUAGAGCCGUCGCAACAUGUUAUGGUUCCUAUGCCAUUUGUUGUUCACCCUAUGCCUCCGAAUCAAGCAGCUGCUGACCAGGCGCCGGCGCCAUACCAGCAAGGCGUUGUGGAACAACAACCACCAAUGGCUAUGGAACAAUUCAGUGAGCCCGAUUUUGGUACUGGAAUAGCACCAGUGCAGCCCGUGCGACCGAUGAGUAUGCCACCGGGAAUGCCAGCUGGCGUGCAGCCAAUGAUGGGAAUGAUGCCACCGCAACAAUCAUCAAAUGAAUCGCGUAGCGCAACAUCAUCAAUUCCACCGCUGGUAGGACCAUCAGCUGGAUACGGUCCAUCACCUCAUCCUCGCAUGUACGGAUUCCCACCAAGUGGAAUGGCUCCACCGUUCAUGGUGACCCCACAUUUUGGUGUGCCACAUAUGAUGCAAUCUUCACCAAGUCGAGGGCGCAGUUCUCGUACGAAUUCGGGUUUCCGCAACAGUUCAUCAUUCCAGCCUAAGAGCAAGCAGAGCAACUCUCCUCAAAGCUUCUCACGACAAAGUUCCGUCGCUGAAACACCUAAAGACGAUGCAAGAGCUGCAGAAAUGAUAGCUGCUGCGAGUGCUGAAGUGGAAAAGUUGUCGCUGAAAGCAGGUGAAAUGAACCGAAUUGAAGUCGAAACAGUGCAGCAGGAGCAAGAAGAAAAGAAGAAUGAGACUGUGGUGGAGGAAGAGCAGAAAAAAGAUGAGGUGACGGAAGCUCCCCUCAGAGCUGAGUCACCUCUUGAAGAAAAACCCUCUCCUGAGACCGAGGUCACCAAGGAACUUCCUCCGCCCACAGUUGCUGAGACAAAAAAUGAUAAGCGUACAACAGUCCCGAUAGUUGCUGUAGCCCCAGUGAUGUCAGUGAAGCCCGAGGUUGUGCAGGCAAAGGAGAAGGAGCUCAAUGAAGACGAGCUUCCAGAAAAGGAAAAUCUAGAGUUGCGCAUUAAAGACGCUCCACCAUUGGCGUCUGUGCAGCCGAUGCCAGCCUCAGACACUUCCACAACUCCCAUCAAACUGGAUUGCACGUUUUGUCGUAAUCUUGGCUUAUCAGAGGAAGUCGCUACCUCUCAUGUGAUCCGCGCACCCGAUGGGAAAGUGACCUGUCCAGAGCUGCGCAAGCGCUCAUGCAGUUUGUGUGGUGCAACCGGCGAAAAUUCCCAUUCCGCUGUUUUUUGCCCGUUGAAAUCGCAACAAUCAAUUGGUGGUCCAGUCAGUGAUGCGCCCAGGAUAUCACAUAGUGCCCCUCAAAGACCUCCAUCUACCUAUAGCAAGUCGAUUGGCGGCGAAAGGCGAGGUGGUUAUCGUGGUGGCUACGGUGGUGGGCAUAGAGGGGGAUAUCAACAAGGUCGUGGUGGUGGCCGAUUUCAAUCAGGGAAUCGCCGUUUCAAUUAA